UUACCCACAUGGAAACGCGCGCCGGCGUUAACCGUCCAGCAUCACGCAGUAAGGAGUCUCCCAGGUUUCAGAGCCGCCGGAACGAUUUGAACCGUGUGUCCAGGCAUGAAGAUCGAGGAAGUGAAGAGCACCACGAAAACCCAGCGCAUCGCUACGCACAGCCAUGUCAAGGGCCUGGGGCUGGACGAGGCCGGGAUGGCGAAGCAGGCUGCCGCCGGGCUGGUGGGCCAGGAGAACGCCAGAGAGGCCUGCGGCAUCAUCGUGGAACUGAUCCGCUGCAAGAAGAUGGCCGGCAGGGCGGUGUUGCUGGCCGGACCCCCAGGAACUGGGAAGACUGCUCUGGCACUGGCCAUGGCUCAGGAGCUGGGGAACAAGGUGCCUUUCUGCCCCAUGGUGGGCAGUGAGGUGUACUCCACGGAGAUCAAGAAGACCGAGGUGCUCAUGGAGAACUUCCGCAGGGCCAUCGGCCUGCGUAUUAAGGAGACAAAGGAGGUGUACGAGGGCGAGGUGACGGAGCUGACGCCCUGCGAGACGGAGAACCCCAUGGGCGGCUACGGCAAGACCAUCAGCCACGUCAUCAUCGGCCUCAAGACGGCCAAGGGCACCAAGCAGCUCAAGCUGGACCCCAGUAUCUACGAGAGCCUGCAGAAGGAGCGGGUGGAGGUGGGAGACGUCAUCUACAUCGAGGCGAACAGCGGAGCUGUGAAGGUAACCCCAGCACCGCGCCUGGCUCUCUAUCCCCCAGCGCCCCCCAGGCUUUCAUUUCCCCCUCCUCCCCCCGUCUCCCUGCUCUGCUUUUCAUCCCCAGCUGCUCUCCUCUUUCUUCCCGAACGGAUUCUCUCGUGCCCCUCGGAUGCCUCCGUCCUGCGCCGUGUCUUUGUCCCGCUCCCCUGCGCGCUCCCCGCUGUGCCGUGCUGACUGGCGUGUCGACAC